AUGCAAUCAAGGAUGGAGUAGUGCCAAUGUUGGGGGAGCAAGGACUGUAGGCUCAUCUAUGGGGGGGUCUCACAGCAAACAUGAAGAUGUGGGAGGAGGUAAAAUGUUCUUGUUCCUCUUUACAGAAUGAUGUCCAAGAAGGGUUCAGGUUAGUGCCAGCAGCUCAUGUUCAUAAAAAUAUAGAUGGUAGCAAGGUCAAAGAACCCAAGCCCAGCUUCCAAGAACAGAGCCAGCAUAUGUAUGGAAACAUUCAACCUUCAACAUCGGGUAAACCAACAAAGAAGCCUGUGCCACAUCCUAUGCAAGUAGAAGUAUCUACUGAUAAACUUGCCAAGAAGAAAAGGCUUAUUCCUAAGAUCAUUGUGACUGGGCCCUCGGAGGAAGUGCUGUUGAACAGUUAUACUGAUGAAAUCCCUGAAACAAAAACCAUCCGGGACACUGAAGACUUUGGCGCGUAUAGUGUGCACACGAAGCCCAGCACUGUAGACGCUUAUAGAACCAGCAGAGAUCAGUGAGUGCACAGUGGAGAGUCAACAGCACUCAGUGUGAUGGAUACCAUCUAGGGAAGCUAGCAGCCCAGUCCUGGAUCCCCCUCUCAAUAAAUGGGAAUCCCACCACAAUGAAUCCUUUCAUGGUUUCACUUUCCCCACCUCCCACAUUUGGAGGUGGAGGAAGAGGAGGAGGAGGAGGAAGGGCAAAGCUUAGCCAAAUAUAAAUGAGGUUGAUGAUGGAUGUUCAUUUCCAAAUAAAUAUGUUUGGUAAAUGUU